UUAGAAGAGGAAGCGGACGUCCUCAGAACAACACGGAGCUAACAAAGCUAUCGGGGACGAGCAUCCGUCCGCAGACUAAACAGCCGCUUUACCCUUCGGUUUGCUCCGCAGACGGUCUGACAGUCUGAUAAAGCGCCUCGGUUCGACAGCGUACUGCUCACGCUGGAGGCCGGGCCGCUGUCAUGUUGACCGGCCCGCGUCAUGUUGACCGGGCCGGUGCUUUUGGAGGCUCUCUCUUCCUCCGGGCUGAUGAUGUCGGUGGGACUCGCUAGUGUCGCAUAAGCUCCGCCGCCGCCGCUGCUUCACAAGUUGGCUGUUGUUGGACGCUCAGCUCGGGGUAACUCAUCUCUUUCACACCCUGAAUGACGAUUCCCGGCAUGUCCCAGGACUCCUCACAGGGUGCAGGGGAAGGGGGCGGGCUGGUACACUCUAAAGAGACCCCCGGGUCCCCAGAUGCUUCUGAGUUGGGGAGCCCGCGCUGCACACCAAACUUUGACCUCUUCAACAUGGUUGUGUCCUACAAGAGAAUGGCUCUGUUUCUGGAGCCAGUUACAGAUGCGGUGGAGCUGACGCGCUUCCUGCUCGGAUGGAGGAUGCCCGUGUGCUCUCUGCUCGUCUGUGUAUUGCUCAAUGUGUUUUUCUGCACUGUUAAUGAAGUGGGUUGGUUCACAGUGGGUGUGGUGGCUAUGUGUGUGCCUGCUGCCCUGGGUUACCUGCAGGACAGGUGUGUGGGCAGAGCCUCAGAAGAUGAGCUCCAGAGGAGGCGCUACUUCGCUGUGCACCGCAGAGACCUGCAAACAGUGCAUCUCACCAAACAGGAGGCCAUGCUGGAAGUCAAAGACCUGCUGAAGCACCUGGAUGACAUGCUGUCCUCUGCCUGUGUGUCGGCAGAAGCUAUUUACAAGGUCCUAUACUGGGAUAAUCACACCAAGUCAUCAAGGUUCUAUGGAGGGAUGUUAAUAUUGGCGUGUCUGAUCUACGUUGCUCCUGUGAGCUGGGUGCUCGCUGGGCUCAACAGCACCAUCUUCCUGUGGAACAGAGAUUUCUGCAGAGUUUUGUUGGACCUCAAGAAGCUUUCCCACAUGGGCCAAGCCCGGUCCUCAGACGGGGUGUGUGAAGAGCAGGAGCAGGGCAACUUGUUGGACAGGACCCCCACACCAACUAGUCUGGAGGACAUUACUCCUGGCAGCGUGGAGGAAGCUGAGGAGGCGGAGCCUGAUGAUGAAUUCAAGGAUGCCAUUGAGGAGCAUUCAAUGUCCCUGCAGGAGGAUGAUGACGGACCGCUCGGAGCACCUGAGUAUGACACCAUCUCUGAAAAUGGACUGUUGAGCCGCAAUGAACCAAUACGCAGCAAGGUGUCCAAACUGACAGAGAAACUGCGUAAACGUUACCCAACAACCAGCACAGGCAACUGUUCUAGCUGCAAUGCCGUCUUCUCGGUGCUGAAGAAAAGGAGGAACUGCAGUAACUGUGGCAACAGCUUCUGUUCCCGAUGCUGUUCCUUCAAGGUGCUGAGGUCUUGCAUGGGGGCAACAGCUCCAGAGGCCCAGAGGGAGACUGUGUUUGUCUGUGCUGCCUGUAAUUCCUCUCUCAUCAAGUUACAAUGAGAUGGCGUGUUGCUCUUGUCUCCCAGUGGCCGGCUGGAGGCCAUUCACCGUUCGCCCCCGAGCCCUACUCCAAGUUACUGGAACCCUAACAAAUGCCUUGGUUUUCAAGUUAAGGCACCUAUAUCUGUCAAGAUGCCUCCCUUGGUGAACUCCCCGGAUCCCUCUUUAACUACUCGUGUUGCUUAUGGGACUUCUACUGUACUAUGUUAAAUAUUUCCUGUUUCGACGCUCAACUGGACUGAACUGGACCUUAUGAAUCAAUGAGACUUUCUACAGAGCACAAUGGCUCCAAAUUAACGGACCUUUUCCCUUUGCUGAGCAGAGGGAGGUGCAAAGCAUGCAGGGUGGAGGCCAGGAGUGGGCUCGUAGUGUACGGUGAUGUCAAUGGUAUUGCUUUUACAUGCUCGCCACGAAGCUGAUUCCACUUGAAUGUUGACAUCUUCAGCCCUGUGUAGCAGUUUAACUGUACUGUAAUGCUGAGAGGACUCUUCUGUAUCAACGAGACUAAGACUGCGUGUUAACAGUUGGGUGAUUAAUGCGAUGGUGUGAGCAGAGGCUGGCAGUGUCAAUUUGCUGUGGUCAGAUAAAAUUAUGGACGUACGACCAAAAGAAGCUCUACAUUUGGCUUUGAUUGCCACGGUGUGCACAGGCUGGCCAACCACAAACCACCUGCAGCUGGUCAACAAUGUCAUGUGAUCAAGUGUUUGGGGACAAGGCUUUUGGUUCUUGUUUUAGUAGUUUGGUGUGUCUGCUAACACUGAAACCCACAUGCUCCUCUUGUUGGUAAGAACGUGUAUAGGGGUAUUUUGAGCAAACUUUGAUGUGUUUGCAGUUCUGCCUCAGAAAUAGUUGGAAAGUCACUAAUUUCAGGUUUGCUUCGUUAAAUGCCGUUCUUACCAGCUAGAGGAGCUUAUAGGACAUAAGGGGAACAGACACUGACCACUCUGUAACAGUAAACUGAAAAUGCAUGGCCUGCAAUGAAUCGCAUUAUAUUUUUGACAAGUUGCCGGUGAUGGUUUUCUGGAGGGCAGUGAACAAGGCUUUGUGAACAUUUGGACAAGUUUGUUUAGCGGACCAGCUUGAUGUUUUUAUAAUGAUCAAAUUGCUUCAUUUUGGUCGUUAUUUGUCCUGUGUUGACGGUGUCACAUUAGGUUUUUUUGGAAUACAGCAGCAGCCCAUGUGUUAAAAAAACAACAACAGCUCGAGGUCCCUGGAGCAUGUGCUUUCCCUCUAACUGGAUCAAAGUGGACCCAACUGGAUUAACGUAGUUUGAAUGGACUGAGCAACCAGCUGAAGUUGUCAUCAGAGCCUCACACUCUUGAAAGCGGGACUUAAAAGAAUUAAUGUGGAGGCAUUAUAACCCAAAAUGUGGAUCUUGGUGGUAAAGUUGUUUUAAUCAUGAUUCAGACACAGAUGAUUGUAAUAGUUUGCUUUGCUUUUAUUGUAAUCAUAUAUAAACGGUUCUAAUAUAUUUAAUUUAAAACUCCAGAAAGUGCAAGUUAUUAUUUGACCUAAUGAUUCAUUCUGUACAUACCGCCCCUUAUUUUAUGGAUGAGAUAUACCAUUAUUGAAAUAAACUCUGUGAUGAUUUGAUUAACUUCCAGUCACAAGUGGUA